GAGUAGGGUGUCGUUUGAUUCUUUUGCCAAAGCUCGCGAUUUCUCGCAUCUGCGUAAACGAAUGACGGAUGAUCGGGCCGAGCGAGCCGAGUUGCGGGCCAAAUCUAUGGGAUAAAUUGGUGGAGAACUUGGUUUGCAGACUUUAUAGUAUAUGCGAAAGAAGGGGUGAGAAGAGACGCGAUAGUAAUACGUGAGUAGGUAUUACACUCCGACAGUCGAAAUGAAGAAAAGAAGAAGCGCGUAAUCGCGUUUGGAUUAAUCGCGGCGGCGCAAUUAUGAAGACUGAAAUGGAGGCGGAGUCCGAAUGUGCGGACGGCGUUCUGUGCCCGAAGACCAACAACAACAAUAACAACAAUAAUAACAACACGAAUAACAACAACAUCGCCGUCGCGAAGAAGAGCGGCAGGAUAACGGAUAACACGCUAUGGCACUCGUGCUUCCUGCGCGGCAUGCGACUCUACUGCAGGCACGAUUACGCCUUAACAUUCGGCGCGAAAUGCGCGAAAUGCGGGCGCAGUGUGGGCGCUGGGGAUUGGGUGAGGAGAGCUAAAGACCGAGUCUAUCACUUGGCAUGUUUCGCCUGUGAUGCCUGCUCCCGUCAACUCUCCACGGGUGAGCAAUUCGCGCUUCUGGACGCCCGACUGUUGUGCAAGGCCCAUUAUUUGGAUGUGGUCGAAGGUAACAAUACUUCGUCAUCGGAGGAUUGCGAUUCCGAGCACGGUGGCAAAGGCAGCAAGACGAAACGCGUGAGGACGACCUUUACCGAGGAGCAGCUUGCAGUCCUGCAGGCUAACUUCCAGAUGGACAGCAAUCCCGACGGACAGGAUCUUGAGAGGAUAGCCCAGGUGACCGGCCUCAGCAAGAGGGUCACGCAAGUUUGGUUUCAGAAUUCCAGGGCGAGACAGAAGAAGCACAGCGGCAAGAUCAAGACUCAGAUGCAUCACUCGCCGCCGAUGCACCAUCACCCAGUCGACCUGUAUUCCAGUGGCAUCAACGUAGUCGGGGCUUAUCUCGGAGGUUAUCAGGCCAGCAAUGCCGGUAGCGAGAGUCCAGGUAGCCCGUUAACGCCCCUUACACCUUUGACUCCGCUCACACCGACGACGCCGAAUCAUUUGCAGGCCCAAUUCUGUCAUCCCGCGGGAUAAGUCAAUAUAAAUAUUUCCACGAAGCUAUUGAAGGUAUUAACCCUUCGCACUGCAUGUGCUUUCAGCCGCCGUGAUUACAUAAUUCGGAGAUUUAUACAAAAAAUCGUAACAAGAUUUUUACAAAAUCGAAAGUGUCAUAUUUAUUUUUUUCUUAUAUUCCGCACAAAAAAUUAGAUUAAAAGUGUAUAACGAGUGGACUAGAUUCAAUUAACAACUACAUAUGAGUUUUUAAAGCGAAUUAAUUUGUAUAUAUAUUUCUCAAGAUGUAAAAUAAGCGCGCGUUAUCGUUAAUAUAAUAUGUAACGUAUAAAAGGUACAAGUUUUUCAUAUUUAAAAUUAGACUAAGCUUAUUUAUUCCGAGCGUGUAAAACAAUAUGCAUCCGUCUGCGAGGGUGAAUAAAAUUUCUUAGACGAUGCAAAAUGAAAGAGUGACUAAAGUGUCUCAUCCAUUUUUCGAAGUUUUGACGUAGAUAUUUAACUCAUAAUACGAAAUUGUAUAUAGAGCGAAUUGUAGUUUUUGUACAUAUGUCUUCUGUAGGUAGAUAUAGGAAUAUUGGUGUGUGUGUGUGUGUGUGUGUGUGUGUGUGUGUAAAAGAGAGAGAAAGAGAGAGAGAGGCAUGAUGAAGACCAGAACUUGAUAUCGCAUACUUGUCGCUGCAAUAUUAUAAAAUAAACCGUAUUGUUAUUAAUAA